AUGCACCGCGGAGAGCAGCCUUUGAAAAAGCGGCGCGGCUCGUUCAAGAUGGCGGAGCUCGACCAGUUGCCUGACGAGAGUUCUUCAGCAAAAGCCCUUGUCAGUUUAAAAGAAGGAAGCUUAUCUAACACAUGGAAUGAAAAGUACAGUUCUUUACAGAAAACACCUGUUUGGAAAGGCAGGAAUACAGGCCCUGCUGUGGAAAUGCCUUUCAGAAAUUCAAAACGAAGUCGACUCUUUUCUGAUGAAGAUGAUAGACAAAUAAAUACAAGGUCACCUAAAAGAAACCAGAGGGUUGCAAUGGUUCCACAGAAAUUUACAGCAACAAUGUCAACACCAGAUAAGAAAGCAUCACAGAAGAUUGGUUUUCGAUUACGUAAUCUACUCAAGCUUCCCAAAGCACAUAAAUGGUGCAUAUAUGAGUGGUUCUAUUCAAAUAUAGAUAAACCACUUUUUGAAGGCGAUAAUGACUUCUGUGUGUGUCUAAAAGAAUCUUUCCCUAAUUUGAAAACAAGAAAGUUAACAAGAGUAGAAUGGGGAAAAAUCAGGCGGCUUAUGGGAAAACCACGGAGAUGUUCUUCUGCAUUUUUUGAGGAAGAGAGAUCAGCAUUAAAACAGAAACGGCAGAAAAUAAGGCUGUUACAACAGAGGAAAGUUGCAGAUGUUUCACAAUUUAAAGAUCUCCCAGAUGAAAUCCCUUUGCCUCUGGUUAUUGGAACCAAAGUUACAGCACGAUUACGUGGUGUUCAUGAUGGUCUGUUCACUGGACAAAUAGAUGCUGUGGAUACUCUUAAUGCUACUUACAGAGUAACUUUUGACAGGACUGGACUUGGAACCCAUACUAUCCCUGACUAUGAAGUUCUUAGUAAUGAACCUCAUGAGACAAUGCCAAUUGCUGCCUUUGGACAAAAACAGCGGCCUUCUCGAUUUUUUAUGACCCCUCCACGGUUACAUUAUACUCCUCCUCUCCAGUCACCAAUUACGGAUAAUGAUCCUUUAUUAGGACAAUCACCUUGGAGAAAUAAAAUUUCUGGCUCUGACACUGAAACAUUAGGUGGUUUUCCAGUAGAAUUUCUUAUCCAAGUGGUAAGUACUGUUUCGUAUAUUCUUUUAGCUAUUUAUCUUUUCACUGAAAUUGUAUCACCAAAACAAGAAACAAAAAAUACCCUUAUCAAGGCCUGUUUAUUUUUUUCUUCACAGAAAUCAUAUUCCAUGCCCAUUGGCAUUGAAUUUCAGAGGAGAUAUGCGACAAUUGUUCUAGAGCUUGAACAGCUAAACAAGGACCUAAACAAAGUUUUGCAUAAAGUUCAACAGUAUUGCUAUGAGCUUGCUCCAGACCAGGGCCUCCAGCCUGCAGAUCAGCCAACAGACAUGAGGCGAAGGUGUGAGGAAGAGGCACAGGAAAUAGUCCGGCAUGCAAAUUCCUCAACAGGACAGCCCUGUGUUGAAAAUGAAAAUCUGACAGACUUAAUCUCCAGGCUUACAGCUAUUUUAUUACAAAUUAAGUGUCUAGCAGAAGGAGGAGACCUGAAUUCCUUUGAAUUCAAAUCACUUACAGAUUCAUUAAAUGAUAUCAAGAGUACAAUAGAUGCUUCUAAUAUCAGUUGCUUUCAGAAUAAUGUAGAAAUCCACGUUGCACAUAUUCAGAGUGGCCUGAGCCAGAUGGGAAACCUACAUGCCUUUGCAGCAAAUAACACCAACAGAGACUGAAUAGAAGAUUUCCUUAUUUCAGCUGCACAGGGGCGUUGUUUUUGAGAAGUGCUUUUCCUUUAUAUAGGCUUCCAACACCAAAUAACCUAACUGAUGGAAAACAAGGGAAAUUUAUCUCCAAAUAAGGCAUUUUAAUAUUCUGUACUGCUUCUUAAACCAGCAUUGCUGACCAGCAUACUUAUUUUUCUUUUAUUAUUUAGAUGCUGUAGCAUUGCUUAUGUUACGUACAUUUAUUAGCAAGUAUUUUUAAACUGAAAAUGUCUAAACAUAAUUUUGUGGAAGAAUACAUUGACCAUUUUUUUUAACGUGCAUGAAUUCAACUCAACACAUGCAGACAACUGCUACAAUGGAGAACAUGAAAAAACAUGGUCUCUUUGUGCAUAUUGGUGGCAGUGUGGAGAUUCCAUCUGGAAAAUUACAACUCCUGUUGAUUUAAUUGAUCACCAUCUCAGUCUUCAAAGCAUAACAUUAUAAGAUAUGGGAAGUCCGAGUUUUAAGGAAGCCACUGAAAUAUAGAUGGGAAAUAAGGACUUUACAAGUAUAUGUGACAUAUACUUGCAAUGUGACAUGGUUCUAUAUAUCAUUUUAUAAUAAUAUUUUAAUUUAUCAUAA